AUGAAAUCCCUGCAAUCCUUCAUCCAAGCGCUCCGCCACUGCAUCGACUUCCAAGAUCUGUCGCUGGGCAGGAGAUUGCACCAGGAAAUCCUCGCGAGCGAGCAUCACAAAGCCCUCAUUCUCUCCAAUCUCCUCAUCAGGAUGUACGGCAAAUGCGGCAGCGUCGAGGAAUCCGAGAAAAUCUUCGCGUCCCUCCGCGAUCCAAACGACUUCUCCUGGAACUCGAUGCUUCUCACGUUUGCACAAAAUGGGCGAUUGAUCGAGGCGAAGAAGACUUUCGAGAGAAUGGAUGGGAAGAACGUAGUGACGUACACGGCGAUGCUAUCGGCCUAUGCCAAGAAAGGGCAUCUAGAAGACGCAAGAAGAAUCUUCGAUAAGAUGCCACAGACAAAUGGAUUUACAUGGAGUAGCAUGGUCACAGCAUAUACUACACACGGAGUAAUAGACCAGGCAAAGCUUCUUUGUGAGAAUACGCCGGCAUCCAACGUUGUGACAUGGACUACUUUGUUCCAAGCAUAUGCCCACAAAGGGCAUCUUGAGCUCGCAAAAUCGACGUUUGAUCGAAUGGCGGGAAUUGGACGGGACAUUGCGUCCUGGAAUGCCAUUUUCCAGAUGUACGCUGAUCAUGGCCAUUCGGGAAUGCUCCAGGAGAUAUUCCAGCGCAUUCCUUGCUGGAAUGUCGUGACGUGGACGGCCAUGAUUGUCGUAAAUGCCCAAGAUGGGGGUCUUGACUCCGCCCAGAGGCUGUUUGACGGCUCAGUUGAGAGGAACGUUAUCACUUGGACGGCUAUGAUAGUGGCCUACUCCCAGAAUCUCCGCGCGGAAGAAGCAUAUUCCGUCUUUGAGAAGAUGCCGCACAGGAAUCUCUACUCGUGGAACACUGCUCUAACGGUAUAUGCCCAAAAUGGGGAUCUCUCUCGCGCGAAAGAUGCCUUUGAUUCCAUGCCCGAGCACGACGUGGUCUCCACAAACGCCAUGAUCGUUGCGUUCUUCGCUGGCGGAGAAUCGCUCGCGGCGCAAGAGAUCUUUGAUUCCUCCCCAGCGAUCAACAGCGUCUCCUGGAGCGCGAUGAUCAGCGGCUAUGCCCAAAACGCCCAAUUGGAGCUCGCGAAUCGCGCCUUCCAUCGCAUCCCUCGCAAGGACGUUCUGGCGUGGAGCACGAUCAUCGCGGCCAACGCCCACAGCGGCCACUGUGCCGCCGCGAUCGCGCUCUUCCAAUCGAUGAUGCUGGCGGGAGAGACACCCGACCAGAUCGCCUUCACGAGCAUCCUGGCGGCGUGCAGCCAUGCCGGAUUCGUGGAGCAGUGCUGCGCGCUCUUCGAAUCGAUGGUGGUGGAUCACGGGGUGGAGGCGACGAGGGAGCACUACAGCUGCGUCGUGGACAUGCUGUGUCGAUCCGGGCGAUUGGGCGAUGCCGAGGGGCUGAUCGAGGCGAUGCCAGUGGCGGCGGACGAAAUCUCGUGGGGCUCGCUGCUCGCGGCGUGCCGGAUCGAUCGCGAUGUCCAGAGGGGAUCUAGAGUGGCGCGAUCGGUGCUGGGGAUGGACGGAUCGGCAUCGCCCUAUCUCUUGCUGGGGAGCCUGCUUGGCAAAAAGAUCUAG